AUGAAGUACAUUCUUGUUGUGGUUGAUUACGUAUCCGAAUGGGUUGAGACAAUUGAGCUUUCAUAUAAUGAAGGAAAGAGUUUCACCACGUUCUUCAAAAACAAUAUUUUCUCCAAACAUUCUCACUUUUGCAAUAAGUUGUUCAAAGCACUACUUGGGAAAUAUGGUGUUCGCCAUAACGUAGCCACUCCUUACCAUCCGCCGACUAAUGGACAAGUUGAGGUUUCAAAAAGAGAGAUCAAGCACAUUAUUACGAAGACUGUGAACGCCAAUAGAAUGGAUUGGUCAAAGAAGUGUGAGGAUGUUCUAUGGGCCUAUCCCACUUCAUAUAAUACUCCUAUAGAGCAUGCUUAUGUCCAACUAGACCGGGCCCUUCUUACUCAAGAAAGUGUUUCCAAAUGGAGCGGUAGAGCUCGAAAACGUUGA